GCUCCGAUCCUCUCAAGACAUCUCCACACCCACUCCUCAUUCUUGGAGAACAGAAUACAGAGGACCUCCAUCGAUCAGAAUGGCCGCAACCACCAUGUCACUCUCUUCUCCAGCCUUUGCCGGCAAGGCAGUCAAGAACUUGCCAUCAUCGUCUCUUUUCGGGGACGCCCGCGUCACCAUGCGCAAGACGGCGGCAAAGGCCAAGCAGGUUGUCUCCGGCAGCCCGUGGUAUGGCUCUGACCGCGUGCUCUACCUCGGCCCACUUUCUGGCGAGCCCCCGAGCUACCUCAAUGGUGAGUUCCCUGGCGACUACGGCUGGGACACCGCUGGGCUGUCGGCCGACCCCGAGACCUUUGCCAAGAACCGUGAGCUGGAGGUGAUCCAUUGCCGUUGGGCCAUGCUUGGCGCGCUCGGGUGCGUCUUCCCAGAGCUGCUCGCCCGCAACGGUGUGAAGUUCGGCGAGGCUGUUUGGUUCAAGGCCGGAUCCCAGAUCUUCAGCGAGGGCGGCCUCGACUACCUCGGCAACCCAAGCCUUGUGCACGCCCAGAGUAUCCUUGCCAUCUGGGCUUGUCAGGUCGUGCUCAUGGGCGCCGUCGAGGGCUACCGCAUUGCCGGUGGACCGCUUGGUGAGAUCGUUGACCCGCUCUACCCAGGCGGUAGCUUCGACCCACUCGGCCUUGCCGACGACCCUGAGGCAUUCGCCGAGCUCAAGGUUAAGGAGAUCAAGAACGGCCGCCUCGCCAUGUUCUCCAUGUUCGGUUUCUUUGUGCAAGCCAUCGUCACCGGUAAGGGUCCACUCGAAAACCUCGCUGACCACCUCACUGACCCCGUCAACAACAACGCCUGGGCAUUCGCCACCAACUUCGUUCCCGGCAAGUAAGGUGCUGGAUCCCAGAUCUUCAGCGAGGGCGGCCUCGACUACCUCGGCAACCCAAGCCUUGUGCACGCACAAAGUAUCCUUGCCAUCUGGGCUUGUCAGGUUGUGCUCAUGGGCGCCGUCGAGGGCUACCGCAUUGCCGGUGGACCACUCGGUGAAAUCAUCGACCCACUCUACCCGGGCGGCAGCUUUGACCCGCUUGGCCUUGCCGACGACCCUGAGGCAUUCGCCGAGCUCAAGGUUAAGGAGAUCAAGAACGGUCGCCUUGCCAUGUUCUCAAUGUUCGGUUUCUUUGUGCAAGCCAUCGUCACCGGCAAGGGUCCACUUGAGAACCUCGCUGACCACCUCGCCGACCCCGUCAACAACAACGCAUGGGCAUUCGCCACCAACUUUGUUCCUGGCAAGUAAGGUGUGUAUGUGCGCGUACACGCGCUUGCAGUGAAGUGUGCCGUUGUGCGGUUCGAGUUGUACUACCAUGGUGUAAAUUACGAGGAUUUGAUUGUGUAAUGAAAACUACGAGAAUUCUGUGCAAAA